AUGUCCUAUGACCGCUAUGUUGCCAUUUGCCACCCUCUGCACUAUGGGCUCACCAUGACCCCACGUCUGUGCACACAGGUGGCAGGUGUUUCAUGGGCCAGUGGGCUGGUCUACUCUGCUGUCCACACAGGGACCAUGUUCAGGCUUCCCUUCACAGAGUCCAAUGUGAUUCACCAGUUUUUCUGUGACAUCCCUCAAGUUCUGAGCAUCUCAUCCCAGAACGUGCAGUUUUCUGAGUCGGUGGUCCUGGCUCUGAGUGCCUGCAUUGCCUUGUUCUGCCUUUUCAUCUUAUUCACCUCAUAUGUUCGCAUCUUUUCAACUGUGCUCCACAUGCAUUCUGUGGAAGCUCGGAACAAAGCCCUGUCCACCUGCUCUCCCCAGGUAGCUACACUUAUUCUUCUUGUGAUUUCUGGAUUGUUUGCUGUAUUGGGUCCUGUCUCAAAUGAAUCAACCAUUCAGACUCUGCUUAUGACCAUGUUCUAUUCCAUGAUCCCACCCUUUAUAAACCCCUUUAUUUUUGGCCUGAGGAACAGGGAGAUAAAGAAUGCUAUAGGCAGAAUGUUCAAAAGCAUUUUCAAUUGUGACUAA